AUGGGCCGGUACUCGGGGAGAAGCUUCCGUUUAAUCCUCAUGUGCGUCGUCAGCAUCCUCCUCUUCGUGAUGGAGCUGGUGAUCGCGCACAUCGGCAACUCCCUCUCCUUGGCGUCUGAUGCCUUCGCGGUCCUUUCCCACCUGGUCUCCAUGGUCGUCGGGCUCGCGGGCGUGCGGGCCAGCAGCAUCCGCCGGCACAGCAAGGGCACGUUCGGCCUCCUGCGCGCGGACGUCCUGGGGGCCUUCGGCAACUCCGUUUUCGCCGUGGCCCUGAUGUUCAGCAUCCUGGUUGAAGGCGUCAAAAGGUACAUCAGCCCCCAGAAGACGCAGGCGCCGCUGCUGGUGCUCAGCGCCGGACUGGUCGGGCUGCUCUUCAAUGCUUUGAACUAUGUCAUCUUCUUGGACUGCUGUUACCGCGCGCCGCCGGGGCCCCGGGGAGACGCUGAGACGGGUAAGCGGCCGUCGGGGCUUGUGGGACGGUCAGAGGCCCGGCCGGCGCUCUCUCGGGGGCCGCUGGGGGCGCUGGGGGCAGAGGCCCGAUUCCUUCGGUCGGCCUCUUGUCCCCGGGACUUCCCUGAAGGGCUUUCUCCGAAGAGUCGCUUCCAGUCCAAGUUCCUUAACCUUUUUUUGAGUCCAUUGGUUUUUUUUGUUUGUAGAACUCAUACACAACACAAGGUUUCUUCUUUGAAUGCAGGUGAUUCCCUGAACACCCAGAAUGAACCAGAAGAGAUGAUGAAAAAGGAGAAAAAGUCUGAAGCCCUGAAUAUCAGAGGGGUACUUUUACAUGUGAUGGGAGAUGCCCUGGGAUCGGUGGUUGUGGUGAUCACGGCCAUCAUAUUCUAUGUGCUUCCCCUAAAACGUGAGGACCCGUGUAACUGGCAGUGCUACAUCGACCCCAGCCUGACUGUCGUCAUGGUCAUCAUCAUUUUGUCAUCUGCCUUCCCACUCAUCAAAGAGACUGCUGCCAUCCUGCUGCAGAUGGUCCCCAAAGGCGUCAACAUGGAAGAGCUGAUGAGUAAACUCUCUGCCGUGCCUGGAAUCAGCAGUGUGCAUGAAGUUCACAUCUGGGAGCUUAUAAGUGGGAAGAUCAUUGCCACUCUGCACAUCAAGUAUCAGCAGGACACAGGGGAUCAGGAUGCCAGUCUGAAAAUUCGAGAAAUCUUCCACAACGCGGGAAUCCAUAACGUGACCAUCCAGUUUGAGAAGGUGGACGUGAAGGAGUCCCUGGAGCAGAAGGACUUGCUGAUGCUCUGCAGUUCACCCUGCAUCUCCAAGGGCUGUGCCAAGCAGCUCUGCUGUCCCCCUGGGGCACUGCCUCUGGCGCACGUCAAUGGCUGUGCUGAGCACAAUGGCUGUCCCCCACUGGAUAUGUCCCGAAGUGAUGGCCUCGGUGGACGGGAAGCAACAGAAGUGGCUAUUGAAGUGUCUUUGGCAGGUGGUCUGAGUGACCAUGGACAAGUGCUUAGCAAAACUCGGGAGGACUUGCGUUAUGUCAACAGCACACAUUUUUAAUCUGACGCUCACAUAAGUAAGACUGCAUAGAUGAGGCACUUUGGAACCACUAGCUCAGUUUGUGGGAAGAGCUUUGUGGGUUGCGGACAGUGACCAGACCCACAGUGGGGGCACUCUGUGUUCAGUAAGGGGUUUGGCUGUUUGGGAUGUUAGUUGAACUUGCCUGUGAAUUUUGAUGUGACAGAGAACCCUUUUACGUCAUCCUGGGUGUCUUCACGCUGCUCUUCAAGUUUUGUUGGAACGUGUAUUUUCCAAAGCAGAUGCACUAGUACAUACAUCCGGGACAUUGAAGGCUGGGACUUAAUGAUUGUGGACGCAGGACUCAAAGUAGUUUUUGUUUCAAAUGGAGUAGAAUGUCUAGCUGACUCACAGGUAAACACAUAGCUAAGAACAUCGAAAAAAACUUACAAACUGAAAGAGCUGUAUCCUUUUCCUUCCACCGGGAGAUCGUCAAAGGGGAAAGUUAGGUAGACCUCCCAUUGCAGACAUUUUUUUUUUCUUUGACUCAUUUUUAAGUAAAUGUAAAAUGAAUGCCUAGCAAGGUAGAAAACCUGAGAACAUUAGAGGAAGUUGAGUUUAUUGGGGCUGCGGAAAAGGAAGCAAAUCUGUUUGGAGCAUUUUUUCAUUUUGUGCGGUGGAGACAAAAAUGCUCACUUUCUGCUGGGAACUGCGAUAGGGUGUUUCAGAUGUUUAAAUAUAUAAGAUGCUUUUUUUGUUUUCACUCUGAAGUGUGGGAGUCUUUCUACUCCUUUAAGUAUGACACAGUGCUUAUCUACUGUCUUUUAGAGUCAGUCCAAUUGGGACUGUUUUCAUUUAUUGCUUAUUAAUGAUUUACUUAUUUGCCCAAAUUUCCUUUUGAGUCUCCUUUAAUAUGAUCACAUUGAUCUAUGUAGCAUUUACCAGGAGAGAAUGGAUAUUCCUGGGGUAGAGGAAUUUAUGGCACUGAGUGUGCAUCCUUGCCAGAAAAGAAAAAUAAAGAAGCUAGAUUGACUUUUCUUUAAUUAGACAUAUUUUAAAGUAUUUAUUAUAGUUUUCAACUCAUAAUUUGAUGGAAAAAGUGUUUGUCCAAGGGAGAAAUGAGAAUUAAUUAAAUUGCUGCCUUUAAUGUGCUUUGAGGAGCUUACACUUUCUUUUAUGUCUCUGACCCGUAUUACCAAGUUCAAAUAAAUACAUUAGAAUCUGACUUGGUUCCAUAACAACCUAUGUUAGUACUGGAGAAACAUCUGUUAUGUAUGUAACAAACUGUUCAGGCAGCAAUUAUUUUAACCAGAACAGUCCCAGAAUAGGUAUAAGGAAAUGGGAGGUGCCCCACCAGAGAACCAGAAUCUUCUUUGACGGGCUGCAAAAUUGACUACAAAGGAUCAUCUCUUAGGUGCUGAAGUACUUAGUCCUGUGUAGAAUCUGCACAGUACUCAGCAGAAAUGCUGGGUGGAUAACAGGAAAAGCAUCCACAUUUUUCAGCACAAGCAUCAUUUGAAAAACUGCAUCUUAGUUUUAAAUUCUAAGGCUGAAAUAAGGAAGCAACUGUGAUCAGUGGGAAAGGAAAAUCUUUAUUCCUUGAAAAUGUUUAUCUGAGUUUACAUUGGCCAUGAAUUAGGCAAAGAGGAAAAAAAUGCCUAAAUAUGUUUUUAUCCCUUAGAGUUUAUUAAGUAUAUAUACUUAACAGUAUUAUAUAGUAUAUAAUAUAGUGUAUGUAUACUUCAUAGCUAAAACGGGGGUAAGUACAAGCCAACAUUUUUGUUUUUAAUGUUAAAAUUAUGGCAGGUACUCACACAAAACAGAAGAUUCUUUAUGAAACUUACCUCAGUGAUAUGUGGACCAAAUUCUCAUGUAUCAGUGUUGGCUGAGAUGCUCUGACUGGAGCCAAAGGAGAAAGCUGUUUCUCACUUCCGAAUUUAAAGGUCUAAUUUGAUUUCAUAUCGCUCUGCUCUUACUAAAAGGGAAAAAUCAUCAACUUCUAGUUUCUGUGCAACUGGCUGAAGGGCUGCAUGUUAGUUUACAUCCCAAUAAUGUUCUUGAAUUAGCCUCUAAAGCAUUUUUCUGGAAAGCAAAAGGCACUUAAUUCCCAUCUAAUUAAAUCUAACCUCAGAAAAUUAUCUUGAUGGACACUUAUGAACAUACCAAAUUAUGGGGUACAGUCGAUGUGAAAUAAUACCUUUGGCAGACAGCUUGGCUCGGUGUGUUGAAUACUUUCCAAACAAGCUAAUUUAGGGCAAUAUUUGUGUAUCCGGCGAGGUGCUGGCUUGUGCUCAGGCACCGUGAUGCCUGCCGUGUGGCCUUUUUACAUGAGUUUUACUCUCUCUUUCGUUGUCCCGCAUUUUAAUUCUCCCAAGGAAACGCCAGAGUUUUCUUUCUCCUUUUGAAUCAGCCCUGAGUGGUGGCAGCAGUGCCUGAGAAACAGUGGACUUAAACCACACUGUUUUUUUCUGAGAUGAGAAGAAUAUUGCUAUUCAGUUUAGCAUUCCUGUGUGCUUAGGUUAGUUCCAGAAAAUUCUUUCCCUUUUUCUCUAGGAACUGAAAAUAAUUUUUUAAGAGUCUAGGGAAUCCUCUGUGUGUCGGGUCAGGACCAGCCCUUGGGUGUGCUAUCCUGGGGGACACAGGACAUGGCACUUCCCAUGGACUCCUGUUUCUAUGCAAAGAGUCAUUUCCGCAGUGUGUCAGUGCCUGCUAUAGGAAACAUGACGUCUGCUUAUUUAUUUUCCCAUUUCAACUCUCUUUUUGAAAAUAGAAGUUACUUUAUUUUUCAAAAUAUUUGGACAUUAUGAAUACCCAUAGAACUAGGAGGCUCCAUUGUUGAUAGAAAAAAAAUUACUCCUUUAAUUUUUUUGAUAAAAUAGCAAUAAAAUAGGGAGACAUUGAGGAAGAAUUUAAUGUAUUCUCCAUACUUAGAUACUUAGUUACUUUUUUCCUUUUCU